AUGGCCAACCAGAUCAAGGUGCCGCUGAUCGGCUCCCCAUUGUAUAUGUACCUAUUCGAUAGCCCGAGAAAUCCACUGAUACAAGUUAUUCUCACCGGCGAGAAUUACUCGAUAUGGGCCAAGGCUGUGAGGCAUGCUCUAGAAGCGAAGAACAAACACAGCGUCGUACAUACAGCCGACGCUCGGGCUAUGUGGGACGAAUUAAAGGAGCGUUUUUCACAAGGCAAUGUACCACACAUUCAUCAAUUGAAGGCGGAGAUUAGUCUGCUUCGCAAAAAUGGACUUGCUCUGACCGAAUAUUGCACGAAACUGAAGGGCCUUUGGGACGAACUCAUCGACUACAAUGAUGUGGUCGUGUGCACCUGCGCCGGGUGA